CGGAAGCGGCUGUACGGCGUGCGGAGGCGGCGGAGGUGGACCGUGCGGCUGCGGAGUGUACGGCGGCGGAGGCGAGGUCACGGGCGGAGGCGGCGGAGGCGGAGGCGGUUCGGCAACGUACGGAGGCGAAUGAGCAGCGAAGUCAGCUGGAGCAGCUCACCCACCAACUAUCCUCCGCACGCUCCUGUAAUGCGACACUGGCGGCGGCUCUUACGGAGGCACGCGAGGAGCUGGCGGCUAAGCAGGAAUUGGCAGCGGAACUGCAACGAGAGGCGGCGCGGGCGGGAAUGGCGGCGGCGGCGGCGCAGGAACAGCUGGCGGCAGAGGCGGCGGCGCAGGCGGCGGUGACGGCGCGGGCAGCGGAGCUGGAAGCGGCGGUGGCGGCGGUGACGGCGCGGGAGGAGGCGUUGCGAGAGGAGAUUGAGUCGCUGGGAGCCAAGCUUGUGGAGGCUGCUGACGAGACGACCCGCCUUCAGCACCAGACCCAGGCAGCCCGAGCGGCGUCAGAGGCGCUGCAUGGGCAGCUGUCGAGGCUGCAAGGGCGGCUGGAGGCGGCAGAAGGGCAGCUGGAGGGGAUGCAGGGAGAGUUGGAGGCGGCGGUGAAUCGCGGCGUGCAGCUGCAGCGACGUAUCGCGUGCAUGAGUGGACAGGAGGAGGCUCUAGCCGCCCAAUCCCUGGACACCCUGGAGGCACUCGCGCAGCAGGCGGAGGCGGCGCUGCCUCGCUUACGACAUGCCAUCGUGGCGGCCAGGGUGGCAGCGGCGCGGUCGGAGGCAGCGGAGGCGGUGGAGGCGGCGACGUGUGCGGUGUGCCUGGCGGCGCGGCGAGACACCUUCCUGAAUUGCGGACACAUCAUCUGCCAGGACUGCGCGGAGCGGUUAGAGCUGUGCCCGCUGUGCCGGGCGCACAUCAACCACCGCUCCCGGGCCUUCGUGUGAUGGGG